UGUGCAUCCUCUGAUGGUCCCAGGGGCCACAAGGUCUCUUCCCCAGCCCGUUCCAACCUUAACGCAGAGUGACAGACCGAGUGACUCCAGCCAUUUCCCCACCAUGGAUCGGAUGAAGAAGAUCAAGAGGCAGUUAUCCAUGACACUGCGGGGGAGCCGGACAGUAGAAAAAAACCUCAAUGAACCCAUCAACAUAGAGGAAAACAACAGCAGUGAUAAUGGCCCCACAAUGAAGAGUGUGCGUCCCAGCACCUCCCGCAGCGUUCACACCUUCCUGCACCACUACGCAGGUUCCUUCCGCAGGCCCCGCCUGGCCGUCAGCCGCAGCCUGAGCAUUCACCUCAACCGCACCGCCCAACUAGAAAUUGUCCAUGAAGACCUCAAGAUGGGUUCAGAUGGUGAGAGCGACCAGGCAUCAGGAACAUCAUCUGACGAGGUGCAAUCUCCAGUCCGAGUGCGCAUGAGGAACAACCCGACACGCAAGAUCUCCACUGAGGACAUUAACAAGCGCCUGUCGCUCCCAGCUGACAUCCGCCUGCCUGAAGGCUACCUGGAGAAGCUGACCCUCAACAGUCCCCUCUUUGACAAGCCCUUGAGCAGACGGUUACGGAGAGUCUCUUUGUCGGAGAUAGGUUUUGGGAAGCUGGAGACAUAUGUGAAGCUGGACAAGCUGGGAGAGGGGACGUAUGCCACAGUCUACAAGGGAAAGAGCAAGCUCACUGACAACCUGGUGGCCUUGAAGGAGAUCCGUCUUGAGCACGAAGAGGGAGCACCUUGCACAGCCAUUCGGGAAGUUUCACUUCUAAAAGAUUUGAAACAUGCCAACAUAGUGACCCUGCAUGAUAUCAUCCAUACAGAGAAAUCCCUUACACUUGUCUUCGAAUAUUUAGAUAAAGAUCUGAAACAGUAUCUGGACGACUGUGGCAAUGUAAUAAAUAUGCACAAUGUGAAGCUGUUCCUGUUCCAGCUGCUGCGUGGCCUAGCCUACUGUCACCGUCAGAAGGUGCUGCAUCGGGACCUCAAGCCUCAGAACUUGCUUAUUAAUGAGAGAGGGGAGCUCAAACUAGCAGAUUUUGGACUGGCCCGGGCAAAAUCCAUUCCUACCAAGACCUACUCCAAUGAGGUGGUGACACUUUGGUAUCGACCCCCUGAUAUCCUGUUGGGCUCGACAGAAUAUUCCACACAGAUUGACAUGUGGGGCGUAGGCUGCAUCUUCUACGAGAUGUCCACAGGACGGCCGCUCUUCCCAGGCUCCACAGUUGAGGAGCAGCUGCACUUCAUCUUUCGGAUAUUGGGGACGCCCAACGAAGAGACGUGGCCUGGAAUCCUGUCCAAUGAAGAAUUCCGAGCCUAUAAUUACCCCAAAUACCGUCCUGAGGCCCUGAUCAACCAUGCCCCUAGGCUGGACAAUGAUGGGGCUGACCUCCUAGGGAAGCUGCUGCAGUUUGAGGGCAGGAAGCGGAUCUCUGCAGAUGAGGCCAUGCGCCAUCUGUUCUUCCACAGUCUGGGAGAGCGAGUCCUCAAACUCCCGGACACAACGUCAAUAUUUGCACUAAAGGAGAUUCAGUUACAGAAAGAGACGGGACUGAGAUCGGCUUCCUUGCCCGAAUCAGGCAGCGCCACGUUCCGGGUAGUGGACACUGAAUUUUAGCCACCAGGUCAGUGAACGGGCAGAACGGACGACCAAGCCUGCUCCUUUGAAACCUGUGGAUUGGGGUUGGUGGGGGCAGGAAAUAAACCAGCUCCGCCACCCCAGGGACACUCCCACUGCUGGCUUCUCUAUUUCAAAACUGUGCAAUGAGGACUCGUGCUGGGAUUUUGCAGGGGGGCCAGUGAUGCCCUAGAGUCAAGAAGCACGGCUACCCCUGGCAUCUGACAGCCAGGCACUGACGUCCUCUGCUGCUGUGGGACAGACCCUCUCUCUCUCUCUCUCUCUCUCUCUCUCUCUUCUCCCCCCCACACACGUGGUGUUUCAUUUUAUUUUUUAAGUUUUAUUUUUUCAAUGCAAUAUUAUAAAUAUUAUAUUUGCAAAUAUCUAUAAAGAGAGAUACCCAUGCCCUCAACUCUCCAGUUCUGGGGAGCAUACAGUAUUAACUACAAGGAAGCCAAUCCCCACCCCACCUCAUCCUGAUCGGGGCGGUGUUGGGGGCAGGCGCAGGAGGAGAGAAGCAUAAAGGAGGAGGGAGAAGCAUGGGGGCCAUGUAGUCAUCCUGCAUAUCUGGGAGCCAGCUAUGUCAGUGAUUUGGAAGAUGGAGAGAUCUUCAUUUCAUAUGAAAUUUCUCCCCCUCCCCGAGUUACAUUUGCCUUUCUGUGGACUUGUGGUAAGUCAUCUUUCUGUUGUAGAUGUUUAAGAGCCCAGGUGUUGGGUCGGUGAGCAGGUAUCCUCAGAGGACUCUCUGAGUCUUUGGGGGAACACAAUCCCUCCUUUCCCUGCCCUUUCCCAUCCUUAUUGGGGUUAUUCAUCAGUGUGACUUCCCUGCUCCAGGGAGUCCCCUUGUUUCCCAGGCUGCUUCUGAUCAGAUCUGUCACCUACUGCUUCCAGUUUUCUCCUUGCACCAAAGCUGAGUCCUGCAUUUUCUUCUCUGGCUUGCGUCUUCCUUCGGUCUUCAUUUGUGCCUCGUUUGGGUUCUCCCCGCACAUUCAGUCAGCACCGUCAGUGUCAGCUGAGUUGCUCCUGUUGAUUGGUCAUGCCUCUUGCAUUACUUGCUUAGUACUCAGGGUUUGAACUUAUUCCUUUGCCUUCACGGACACAAUCUACUGGAAACUUCUACGCAAGCUCCAUUCAUUUCAACAGCAUAUGCACAGGAAAAGUUACCAGUGGGUUUCCCUUGUCUCACCCAAUUACUUAAUUGUCCUGCGAUCCUUAGAUGAUCACUAUUUGUUGCUUGUUCCAUGUUCCCUAAAUCCAAACAGCUACAUUUUUAAUGGUACCUGCCCAUACCUUUUUCUGAUGUUACAACACUUAGUAAUCUCCUAUGUCAUGGGUAGCCAAUAUGGUACCCUCCAGACAUUAUUGGACUCCAACUGCCAUCAGCCCUAGCCAUCAUGGCCAAUGGUCGGAGAUGAUGGGAGCUGUAGUCCAGCAAAGUCUGGAUGGCACCACUUUGAAUAUUCCUUAUGUGGUCUUCAUGCAGAUAGAAUCUUGCACCUGUCUUGGUCUGUGUUCCAGUAUUUUUCUUUCUUAGACUUCCACAUCAAUCUCUGCACCCUUAACCUUUUCACCUUUCUUGUGUCAUCUUUACUUAGUUGCUUCUCAGAUCAUAAUCUAAUGACCAUGUCCCUUCUUUCCUACUCGGUCCUGUAUCUAAAGUAAACCAACAGCUAUUCUGAGCUUAAGACUGCCAGUCACCCCUCAUUCACAGGGCAGCCCUUCCCCAUAUAAGAGACCUACUCAAGGGUUAUGAGCCCUUUACUUAGUGAUCUCAAAGGUCAAUCAGUUCCUGACAGCCCAUGUUGUGCCAUCAAACAUCAGCUCGAAGACUUACUCCUCUUGGCUUCUGCUCUGUUUUUUGCAACAUGAAAGCCAGUGGUGGGGAACCGGUGGCUCUCCAGAUAUUGUCAGAUUCCAACUGCCAUAAGUCCCAGCCAGUAUGGCCAGCGGUCAGGGUUGAUGGGAGUUGUUGUCUUAGUAGCAUUUGGAGAGCUACAGGUUCUCCCAUCCGUGAUGCAAGGCAUCCGUUCCUCAAAGGUCAGUCAGUCCUAUAUCUCUCCUUACAUAUAAAGCUUUCUAGUAUUUUAUCAUUUAGGCAAAGGAAGCCCUGGGGAUUCCUGCUUGGGUGUGGGAUCUCCAAAGAUUUUGGCUUCCUAUCCUUCCUACUCUGCUACCGAGAGGUGCCUCAGAAAAAGAAGGAAAGGUCUAUAGCCCUUGUCUCCAGCUUAGCUACCCUAGCAAUAUUGCAGCCCCCCAGGUGACCAGGACUGUUCUUUUUAGCUGAGGACACAGAGGCCUGGGUGCACAGAACAGAUGGGUGGGGAUCCAAAGUGGUCUCUGCGUGUGUAUAGACAAGAUGGCACCCAAACUUCCUCCCUUUGAUCACAGCCUAUAUAUAUGUGUGUAUAUAUAUAUAUGCCUAUAUAUAUAUAUAGCCUAUAUAUAUAUGUAUGUAUGUAUGUAUUUGUGUGUGUUUGUGUGUGUAUAUAUGUACAUAUGUAACCGUUUUUAUAUACAGCAUGAAGCGCUUGUAAGGUUCACAAAUCUUUUUGCCUCUGAGAGCCAUAUUAUUAUUAAUAAUUAUUAUUCUAAUUAUUAUUACCCUCAGGCAACAUGAAAGAUUUCUGGGAUGCUGUCUCCUCUACAGAGGACAUGCCUUGUACUGGAAUGCAAGGAGUCAGCAGUGCGAGGGAGACCUCUUGGCUUGAUGCUCAGAUGCAAUUGCCUGGGCGGUAGACAAAUCUGAGAACCCCAACACACAAGGCAUCCACCUGAUGCAACUGUGAAUAGUCCGAGGGCAACCAAUCCUCAGGGGAUGAAAGAGGGGUGUAUUUACAAAGGGGUCCCAAUAAGCAGGAAAGACCAGCCCGUUUGGCUCAGAAAACAGCAACAAAGGACCUUUUUUCAGCCUAAUUACCUGCCUGCAUAACCCUCCCCUUUUGCUCCUGGUUAUUCCACUCGACUCUGGCCUCCCAGUUCCUUUCUUUUCAUCUCCUCUCUGGGUUUCACCAUGAGAGUAAAGAACUUGUAUUAGGUGGACCUGUUUCCUAAGCCCAUCCAAUUACAGUUGCCCUCUUCCUAUCUGUAGCUGUUUCUUUAAGAGCUCUGGGCCUCUGAAUUAAUUGGACCAUCUCUGGAUCUGAUGUUAUCAACCCUACUUCCAAUGGGAACUUGCCAUUCAAGGUGUAUGAGUUCUGUUGCUCCUUUUCCUGAUGGAAUGGAAUGCUUACCUAUGGGUUUAGCCCUUGCCAUGUAUAGUUUGAUUCCUUAACUCUGAUUAAGGUUCCAGGUAUUCAGUGGAAACCAUAGCUUAAUUUGCCAAGCUAAAUCCUGCUCCCAGAGUGAAUGAGAGUGUGUCUCAGAAAGACAUAAAGAAAGAGGUGGGGAAACUGCUUUAACCACGGUGUUCACUCAGUACAUACAGCUAUAAUGAUUAGCCACUGGUAACCUAAACUGUGGUUUACAAGGCAUACUUCAAAACACAGUUUCAGAUCCUGGUUUGUAGCCGAUCCUUAUCCAUGAUUUAUAUAUUAAGAAAAAACACAUAAUUGUGGUUAAGGACAACAAACCAUGGUUAAUUAAGCAGUGUCUGCAUCAGGCCUUCAGGAGCUCCUGUUCAAUGUAGUCUGAGUAGAGUAGUGGGGAGACACUGGCCAAGAUAUAUGGUGCCACUUUUUUUGGUCCAGAACCCAAUCUGGUUUGAUUCAUGGAACUGCUUCCCAUGUCUUCUGAAGAGAAGAAAUGGAGUUCUAGAAUACAGGAAAAUGCAGCAAAGGUCAAUACAAUGAGGAAUAUAACUAUACUGCACACAGAAACUGGCUUUUUACUGAGUUAAUUGCCAGGGUUCCCCUAAAGCAACUGUGGGAAUUGUAACUUGAGGAAGGUGCGAAGGAUUGGUUGAGAUGUAGAGCCUACACAUAGAAUGAAGACUCCUCAGAGGUGACUGUGGGGACAAAGGCCACGGCAAUUAAAGCAGCAUAGAGGUACUCUUGGGCCACAUUGGGGGAAGGAGAACAUCUAGAUUGAAUCUCUGCGUGUGAGAGGGAAACCCAAGACAGCAUAUGGGGCAAUGAAUGUACAGAGGAUUUGGACUUUGCUCUUUUUUUUUUUGUGUGGUGGGGAGAGAACCCCAGAAUUUUGUUUCUGGGCUGGAGGUGAUAAGCCAAUCCUUUCUUGCAGCAAACAGAAAUCCUGGAACAGAUAAUCAUUAGCAUAUGAAGUGGACUUAUCUCCAUGUGAUUCCACCCCCACCCCCCUUUUGAUGGAGUGGAUAUGGAGAUCAGCUGUCUCGGUACGGAAAAGAAAAUUCCUGUUCUUGUAUAUGAAUUGUGGGGAGCAGCCUUCUCUUUAACAGAUCAGAAAUUAUUAUUGUAGAAGAAAACUCCCUGGGGAAGGAAAUGGGCAGACUUCUCUCUCUCAGAUGCUCCCUCCACCCCCAUUCAGGGUGAACCAAUAUGCCAUAUCCAAAUGUACGGAACUGAUUAAAAAGUCUCCAACUA